AUGUCGAGUACUACAACUGCUACUACAAUGAACAACACAGAUGAACAAUCCCCAACAACGAUAACAACUGAAACAACAAAUACUCUUUUAAACUCUACAAUCAACAAAGAUGCAUCUUUCAUUCACAGUGAUACAAUAGUAUCAGCAGACAAUAAUAAUAAUAAUAAUAAUAAUAAUAAUAAUAAUAAUAAUAAUAAUAAUAAUAAUAAUAAUAAUAAUAAUAAUAAUAAUAAUAUCCAUACUACAGCAACAGCAGCUUCGGGGACAUUUAAAAGAACUGCUACAUCCCCAAUCUUUUAUAGUAAUAAUAAUAAUCAAACUACGUCACCAACAUUGACAAAACAAGUGUUGGAAAGUAUAAAUGUAUCAUCAUUGCCAUCUGGAUCAGCAUUGACGUCACCAAUUAUUGGUGCAAGUGUUAUGUUUAUCUUGAGAGAAUCGGAGAUUGUUAAAGCAUUGGGUCAAGUUUCAAAGGACAUUAUCAUUCAAUGUCUAAAGUCUAUAAAAGGUCUCUACAACAUUAAUAUUGACGAUUCAAUAGAAAAGAUACCAAAACAAAAGUUAUUACAUGUAGUACACGAAUGUAUAUGCUUCACAGGAAUAGAUGAUUUCGUUUCAUCACAAUCAACAGAAACUCAAAAAAGGAUAAUAGAAACUCUUCAUCCAUCUUCUUUUUUAAUUGAUCACCCUUAUAUUAAUAGUGAUAAUAAUAAUCAAAAUAUUAAUAAUCAAAAUAACAAUUCAAUUGAUAAUCAAAAUAAUAAUAAUAAUAAUAAUAAUAAUAAUAAUAAUAAUAAUAAUAAUAAUAAUAAGAUAAUUGAAAAUGAAGAAGAAGAAAAAUGUAACCAAGAUGAAGAAAAUAUAUCAUCGACGACUGAUGCUAUGAAAAAAGAUAAACAACAGAAAAUCAAAAAGAAUCAAAAAAGCGACAAAGAAAAUAACAUACAAUUAUCAUUUUUUAAAUCAUUAUCAAAUAUGGUAAAGACAAAUGGAAUGGAGAAAUUGUUGGAGAAAUCAGAUUUGGAACUACGCAAGGAAUAUUGUAAAGCUUUAUGUCUGUUGGAAUGUAUUGAUCAAUCGAGUGAUGUCAUAAAUCACAGAAUUAAAGACGAAAUUAUAUUGAGAGGUACAGAGAUGUUUUUCAGGAAUAUCAAAGCUCCAAUCAUUAGAUCAAUGGCAGAAUGUUUACAUAUCAACAAAAAUUCUGGUACCAAAGAUACAAUGAUUGAUAAAAUUAUGGAACAAAUGUUCAAUUUGAAAUCAAUGCACACCUCGACGCCUCCUCAAACACCUAUUACAGUCUCUACAAAAAAACAAUCCUCCUCUUCCAAAAAAUCAAAGAAAACAUCAAACCUGGAUAGUCCUAGUAUGGGAAAGGGAGAAGCAUAUUAUCUUGAUGAACAGGUUGAUGAAGAUUACAAAGAAGUAGAAGAUGAAGAAGAAGAAGAAGAAGAAGAAGACGACGAGAUGGAACCACAAAUCAAUAAUAAUAGUUUUAAAACACCAUUGAAAUCAAAAGUAACAAAUAGAAACUUUAGCGAUCACGAAGAUUUGGAAAAUGAUUUAUAUUCCUUUAAACCACCAAAACCACCAAUCCAUAACAACAAAACAAUACCACCAACCAUCAAACAACUUAAAAGAAAAAAAUCAUUGGCAACAAAAUCAUUUUUAUACUCUGACGAAGAUGAUCAAGAAGGAGACGACAACGACAAUGAAGAAGAGGAAGAAGAAGAAGAAGAAGAAAUGAACCAAAAACAACGAGGUUGUGAUGAAAAUCAAGAAUCUGACCAAUCCAAUGAUCUGGAGGAAGAGGAAGAGGACAAAGAAAAUGAACCAAAAACAAGAAAAAGUUUAAUGUUGUCAAGGGUACCAUCAAAUCCAUUCUCUCUCAUUUGCAAGGGAAUUAAAAGAGAACAAUUAAACGCAUUGUAUAAUCUUCCCGAUCUCAGACAAUACUGUAAAUUGAAUAAUAUUAAAGCAACUGGAAAAAAGGGUGAUGUUAUGAAAAGAAUCUUGUUUCACAUUAAUAAGGAUGUCCCAAUGGUACCAUCGGUUGCAAGUUUGAAAAAAAUACCUAGAAAAAAGAAAAAAUAA